AUGUCGAAACACGCUGCUGAGGACGUUGCGGUGGUCGAGGACGCGGAGAGGCCAGCGAAGCGCGCGAAAGUUACAGAGAACGUGAAUGGGGACCACGAGAGCGACGACGAAGACGAGCCAAUCCAGGCAGAAUCCGUUCCCGAGGAAGUAAAGGCGUCCGAUCUAUACCUUGACACGAUCAACCGAGCAGUGCUAGACUUUGACUUUGAGAAAGUUUGCUCCGUGUCGUUGUCAGACAUCAACGUCUAUGGCUGCCUCGUCUGUGGCAAGUACUUUCAAGGACGAGGGCCGAAGUCGUACGCCUACGCGCACUCUAUACAUGAGGAUCACCAUGUCUUCAUCAACCUUGAGACCACAAAGGUCUACGUACUUCCAGACGGAUACCCCGUCUCCGAUCCCUCCUUGGAGGACAUAGCAUUCGUGUUGGCCCCAUCUUUUACACCACAAGGCGUAAAAGCACUCUCAAGCCCAGCUGUACUCGCCAAGCAGUCCUUUGACCUCGGCCAUAAACCAUACAUCCCUGGCUACAUCGGUCUCAACAACAUAAAGCACAACGACCACAUGAACGUCAUCAUCCACUCCCUCCUGCACGUACCACCGCUCAUGGAUUACCUACUACUAUCCAAGCCGAAUGGGAAACAGACCGAACUCGUGCGGCGGUUUGCCGCGCUGGCGAAGAAGAUCUGGAAUCCCCGGCUGUUCAAGAGUCAAGUCAGCCCGCACGAGUUCUUGCAGGAAGUGAACAGAGCAAGCGGCGGAAAAUUCAGAUUGGAGCAAAAGGGUGAUCCCGUCGAGUUCAUCGGCUGGCUCCUCAACAGAUUGCAUAAGGACUUGGGUGGCACGAAAAAGCGGAACUCGAGCGUCAUCUUCUCCACCUUCCAAGGUGAACUGCGGCUCGAGACGCAGCAAGUGCUCGUGCGGCCGGACGCGGGGGAGAACGCGAAACCGGUCUUUGACCUUGACCGAGACAUCAAGACCACAGUCUCACCGUUUCUGUUUCUGGCCGUCGACUUGCCCGCGCCACCGCUCUUUCAGGACUCGGUCGAAAAGAACAUCAUCCCGCAGGCGAGCAUCUACUCCGUGUUGGCGAAGUACGACGGUCAGACGACGCAGGAAUAUCUCGGCCAAGUCCGACGUUACAAGUGCCAACGCUUGCCACCCUACGUGAUCUUGCACUACAAGCGGUUCACGAAGAACAACUUCGUAGAGGAGAAGAACCCAACGAUCGUCAACUUCCCCUUGCGCGGCCUGGACUUGAAAGACAUCGUCGACAACCCCGAGGCGCACCCGUCGACCACGUACGACCUCCUCGCAAACGUCACGCACGAGUCCGUCGCGGGCACGACGCGCGACAAGGAGAACACGGUCUGGAAGUGCCACGUACGCGCAGGGAGCGGCGGCGGCGACAACGAGAAGUGGUUCCUGAUCCAGGACCUCAUCGUCGAGGAGGUCCGAAAGGAGAUGAUCUUUCUCGGCGAGACGGUGCUCCAGAUAUGGGAGCGGCGCGCUCCCGCGCCCGCGUCUGCUUCGGCAUCAGGGAAGGCUGCGGCGGGAGCGGGCGCCAAUGGAUCGAGUAGUAAGAUGGAUGUGGACAAGUAGGCCGGAUUGGUAGAGCGGAGAGGUGUGAUAUUAUUCUGACGCGGGCGUACUGCUGUGGCGACCUAUCUACUCGAGAUGCAUCUGCAGUGCGACAUGAGAAACUG